AUGGACCAAUUUGUGUUUGAUAACUCUGUGACAACAGACAGGCCAUUGUCACGAGAUUCGGGAAAUCCGUGGUCAACUUCUGCAACAUUGCCGGUAUCUCCAGAGGAAGAACCUUAUCAUGCUGUACCAGAGAACAGAGCGAUCAAAGGUAGCCAGGCAGAAGAGACAUCGCCAACCCCAUGGGACACUUCAGCAACUCUGCCCGUCUCACCAGCUGAGCCUGAAGAUGGUGUGCAUCCGGAACACGAGGCAACAACUCCAAAAUCAAAACCAGCUCCAAAGACAACCAAAAAGAAGGUUUUCAGUACAGCGGAGCACAAGACUGCAUUUUUACAUUUCGUCAGAAUAUUCUCGUAUUCGACUUUCAAUGACAAAUUGCUGCUAUUUGCUGCCUGUAUCGCCUCGAUCUGUACCGGCAUUACGAUGCCUCUCAUGAAUAUAGUUUUCGGCCAACUUGUUGCCGCUUUCGGGUCGCUCUAUAACCCCUAUACUUGGACGAUCCACACAAAGGCUAACUUUACUCACACCAUCAAUCAAAAUGUUUUAUAUAUGGUGUACUUGUUCGCUGGCCGGCUUGUACUUGACUAUGUUGCCUUCUUAGGCUUUCGUAUGGUGAGCCUCCGAAUAUCUGCGGCCAUGAGGCUUGCGUAUAUGAAAGCUCUGUUCGCACAACCACUCUCCACUCUCGACGUGCUUCCGCCGGGCCAAACCGCGUCUAUAAUAACGAUCACGGCAAACGUCCUGCAGAUUGGAAUUUCCGAAAAGCUCUCCACAUUUAUCCAGAGCACGACGCUUGUCAUUGCGGCAUUGGUUAUAGCUUUUCUCUACAGCGCGAUGCUUACUUUAGUGACAUGCAGCGGGCUGGUAUUCAUCGCCGCUUUUUAUUUCGGUACGGUAACAUAUCUAGUCAAGGGGAUGAAACAAGUCGAGCACGCCGAUAGAAUGUCAUCCGCGAUUGCGAGUGAAGCCUUCGGAUCAAUCAGAAUGCUAGCUGCAUGUGGAGCAGAACCAAUCAUGUCCAACCGGUUUGCAGGCUGGGCGAAAGAAUCCCGACGUAGGGGUCUUCGUCUGUCUCCUUUAGUUGCCCUUCAAGGGUCUCCUGUCUUCUUUGCUAUACAUGCAACUUUUGCACUUGCAUUCUGGUAUGCAAUCAAAAUGUACCUAGACUUCAAGAUGAAAGGUGGUGUUAGAGAGAUUAUCAUCGUUCUGAUGUCCAUCAUGAUGAUCACUUUGACCAUUGGAAGCAUAGCUACGCCAUUGUCUGCUGCUGCUCAGGCUGCAGGGUCUGCUAGUAUCUUCUUCACUGUCAUCGAUGCACCCAAACCUCGGACAGAAGGUGUUAGUGAUCCAGAUGUUCAUUCACAAGAUGAUAUUGUGCUUGAAAAUGUCAACUUCGCGUACCCAAUAAGGCCAGAUGUCAAAGUCCUCAGUGAUUUGAGCCUACGUUUCCCAGCGGGAAAAUUGACAGCAAUUGUGGGGGCAUCAGGCUCUGGUAAAAGCACUAUCGUCGGACUCAUCGAAAGAUGGUAUGAACUCGAUGGUAAUACGACAGAUAACCUAUUAACCCUUCUCUUCCGCACUGGAACGAUCAAGACCUGCGGCACAAAUCUACACGACAUAGAUCUCAAGUGGUGGAGGAGGCAAAUAGGACUUGUGCAGCAAGAACCAUUUCUUUUCAAUGAUACGAUAUUCAAGAACGUGGAGUAUGGUUUGAUUGGCACCGAAUGGGAAAAUGAAUCAGAGGAGCGGAAGAAGGAGCUAGUAGAGCAGGCUUGCCAGGAGGCUUUUGCAGAUGAGUUCAUCACCCGACUUCCAGAAGGUUACGAGACAUUGGUUGGUGAUUCAGGAAUCAAACUCAGUGGUGGUCAACGUCAAAGGCUCGCAAUAGCAAGAAGCAUCAUCAAGCACCCGAAGAUUCUGAUUCUAGAUGAAGCAACUAGCGCCAUCGAUGUUCGUGGAGAGAAAAUAGUUCAAGCCGCAUUGGACAAGGUUUCACAAGGACGGACGACAAUCACAAUUGCCCAUCGUUUAUCAACCAUCAUGAAAGCAGACAACAUCGUUGUGUUGAAAAAGGGCAAAGUAGUUCAACAGGGUACUCAUGAUGAGCUGCUAGCCGACAGGGAAGGAGCCUACUGGGCACUUGCCAACGCACAGCAUCUAUCUUUAGGCGACGAAGAUGAAAACAGUGCGGAUUGGAUUGACUUUGAGAGACCUAGCAUGGAUACAACAACCAUUGAAAAGUUUAGCGUCGAUAUCCCAAUAGUUAGUACUGUCUCGGAGGAACCAGAGUUCAAGAAAAAAGGGUUCCUCGGUAGUUUCGGGCUUCUGUUUUGGGAACAGCGCCAGCAUUGGCCGUGGUAUAUUCUGAUGCUAUUGGGUUCUGUGGGAGCUGGAGCUGCGUUCCCUCUCCAAGCAUUCAUCUUCGCGAAGCUGAUCUCGAUAUUUUCAUACUGGGGUGUAUACUUGCAAGAACAAACUAAUUGGUGGUGUCUUAUGUUUACUAUGCUGGCAAUUGGUGUGGGUGUUAGCCACUUUAUGUUGGGGUGGGCUUCAAAUACGAUCGCAUUUAACAUCACCACUACUUAUCGCCAAGAAUACUUUCGAAAUAUACUAAUGAAACCGAUUUCGUACUACGAUGACGAGAAGAAUUCAGUUGGGGCACUGACUGCGCGCAUUGCUACUGACCCAACACAGCUGCAGCAGCUUCUCGGUAUCAACAUGGCUUUUGUCUUCAUUUCUGUACUUAACGUUGUGGGGUGUAUCUCGAUGUCUUUCUAUUUUGGGUGGAAGCUCACACUCUUGACGGUAGUUUCGUCAGUGCCAAUUAUUCUUGCAGCUGGAUUCUUCCGAAUUCGGUACGAAACUCAAUUUGAGAAGAUGAACUGGACAGUUUUCUCAGAGAGUGCGAAGUUUGCAACUGAGUCUAUAGGUGCUAUUCGCACCGUCACUUCCCUGACCCUAGAGUCCGAAAUUUGUGAAAGAUACGAGAGUCUUUUAAAUGAACACAUCUCGAAAGCAUUUCAUAAAGCCCGGUUUUCGACGCUCGUGUUCGCCAUGAGCGACAGUGUUUCGUUGUUAUGCAUGGCAUUUGUAAUGUGGUAUGGUGGUGGACUUCUCGCGAGCUAUCAAUAUUGGUCAUUCAAUUACUUGGUCGUAUACCUAGCAGUUAUACAAGGUAGUAUAAGUGCUGGUCAAUGGCUAAGCUUUGGGCCCAACAUCGCGCAAGCUGCAGCUGCUGCAAACAGAAUCAGAGGAAUGAGGCCGAGGGGGGACGCUGAGCGUGAAUUAUCUUCGAUCGACUUCAGCGCCCAAGACGAAGAUGAGAAGGGGGCGCGAGGAGUCAAGAUCGAGCUGAAAAAUAUAUGGUUUCAGUAUCCCACUCGAGAUGUUCCUGUCCUGACUGGGGUGUCUAUGACCAUUGAAAAGGGUCAAUUUGCUGCGAUUGUUGGCCCGUCAGGUUGCGGAAAGACAAGUGUUAUCUCGCUGCUCGAAAGGUUUUAUCGCCCCCAAAGCGGCAAAAUCCUCUUUCGCGGUAUGGACAUAAAUGAACUCUCCUUGAGCGAUUAUCGAAAAUCACUAUCACUCGUUGCCCAGGAGCCUUCAUUGUUCGAUGGAACCCUCCGCGAAAAUAUUCUUCUCGGCAUGGACCAGAACACAACCGAGGACGAAACCCUGUACCAAGCGUGCCGGAACGCGGAAAUCCACGAGUUCAUUUCUUCUCUCCCAGACGGUUACGAUACGGAAGUAGGAACAAAGGGCGUCGCACUAUCCGGUGGUCAAAAACAGCGCAUUGCCAUUGCCAGAGCACUGAUCCGAAACCCACGAGUCCUGCUGCUCGACGAAGCUACUUCGAAUCUUGAUUCCGAGACCGAAAAAUCGGUCCAAGCUGUAUUUGAGAAGACUGGAAAGGGCAGAACGAUGGUUGUUGUUGCACACAGGCUGGCAACGAUACAAAAUGCCGAUGUUAUAUUCGUAAUUGGGGAUGGAAAGGUGGUGGAACAAGGGAAUCAUAACAUGCUGUUAAGAAAGAGAGGUUUAUACUACCAGAUGUGUCAGUCCCAGGCCCUGGACAGGUAG